AUGGUAACUGUGAUAGCAUCCAAAGAAGAAUUAACAACACCUGUUAAUAACGGUGUAAAUAAUACGAAUUCCAAUGAUCCUGAAAGAUCAUUUCAAUUUAUUAAAGAUUAUCAAGAAGUGGAUUUUCAUCGAACAGCUUCAUGUAAACCUUUACCUGAAGAUUUAUUCGGAAUAAUCAAUGGUCAAAUAUCGAAAUUUUCAAUCAAAGGCACAUUCUUUUUGCAAAUCGAUGCAAUUGAGCCAUUUAUUCAGAUAAACAAUGAUCAAAAUCAACAGACAAAUGAUAAUAAUUAUUUAAUUUUAACACUCACCGAUGGUAUUAUGACUGUCAAAGCAAUUACAAAUGAUUCUAUUCCUAAUUUAACUUUCAAUACAAAACUUGGAAGUAAAUUAUUAUUAACUGAUAUUACACAAAUAAAAAAUGGUUUACUUCAAUUAACACACGAGAAUACACGUUUUCAAUAUGGUUCAAAUAAAUUUCCUCGACCUCGACCAGGCUUUCGAGAUCGCGGAAAUGGUUCUUAUCGACCUUCAUAUGAAGGACGACGUAAUAAUCGAUAUGAUAAUGAAGAUGGUGAUAAUAAUUUUCUUAAACGUCCACCACCAAAAAAUACUUUAAUGGAUUUUAUGACUACAUUAAAAAUAUCAAAUGUUACUGAAAAUGAAAAACCCAAAGAACGUAAUGAUAAACGUCGAUAUAAUAAUGAUACGAAUUCAACGAAUAAUACAAAUUAUCAAUCUCAUCAUACAUUGAAUAAUAAUAAUAAUAAUUACAAUGGUCAAAUUAUCUUCCAUCAAGAUGGAAUUGAUGAACAAUUAGAUCCCGAAGAUGAUCCUUCACAUGCAAAUUAUCGUGAACGACGAAAUCCUUUACCACCACGACUUCAACGUGCACAAGAAGAACGUACUCGUCGAAAUACAAAUCGUUUUUAUGAUGAUGCAAUAUGUGGAAAUGAUAUAAAUAGUAUUUAUCGUAAUGAUACAACAAGCAAUCAAUCAUUGUCUUCCUUAUCAUAUGGAAAUGAAACAUCAUAUAUUCAUAAUAAUUCUUCUACUGGUCAACAACAUAAUUCUUAUGCACAAAAUGCUAAUAUGCUUGCCGGUAUAAAUGGUUCUACACCAACUCAUCUGGCGUACUAUCCAACUAAUUCAGGUCCUUUAACAUAUAAUCUUGCUGGUAUUCCAAAUUCAACAUUUCCUAAUCAACAACAACUUAUUGGACAUCCAUAUCCAAAUGAUCAUAUAACAUUUUGUUAUGCACCACCUUAUGGAGCUCCAACUUAUCUUCCUAGUUUAAAUGGUGAUACAAAAACUGAUGGUAUUAUACAUCCUGAUAAUGAAACUACAAUAAGUACAGGAUGUCAAAAUGAUGAGAAUAAUGAUAGUGGAAUUAAAUCGGAAUCUUCCUCAACUGAACAAAAACAAACAUCACCACCACCACCACCACCAACAACAAAUGAUAGUGAUACAAAUUUACAAAAUGAAAAACAUCGAGAUUCGAAUUCUAAUCAAAGAAUUCGAUGGAAAAUAGGUGAUAUGUGUUUAGCUCGAUGGAGUGAAGAUGGAGAAUUCUAUCUUGCAACUAUUACGGAAAUUCAACCACCUUAUUGUAUCGUUCUUUUUCGUGAUUACAAUAAUUACGAUCAAGUUCAUUUUGGUAAUUUAAAAAUGAUAUCACGUGAUCAACAAUUUUAUCCAUUCAUUCCUCCACUAUCCGAUAUAAAUAUGUUAGCUGCUAAUGGAUAUUUUCCACCACGUACAAAUUAUUAUCCUUCAUCAAUUGAUGGCUACCUUAUAAUGCCUGAAGCUCCACCAUUUCCAUUCAAUUCUGCAGGUACAUUAUAUAUGUAUCCACCACCAUUAACAUCAAUAACACGUAUAAAUCGUUCUAAUACAAAUGGUUCACAACAAAUAACAAAACGAAAUGAAAAUGGUGAUUCAGUAUUAGAUUCUUCAUCACCACCAAGUAAAGAUUCAAAUGAUACAAGUGCUAUUGAUUCAACUACAACAUCAUCAUCAUCAAAUGAUGACAAUCAACAACAUGAUUUAUCUGUAUCACGACCAUGUUCAAUAGCUGAUGCACCAUUAACUCUAGUCACAUCAGAUGAUUCUCGUGAACGUAGUACAAGUACAGAAAGUGUAACAAGCAGCAAAGAUGAUGAACAACAAUUGACAAAAGAAGAAGAAGAAGAAAAACCAAGAGAAUAA